AUGUGUAAUAAUACCAAAGAAGAAGAUAUUGUUGAAAAAUGGGGCUUACCAUUGAAAGAAUUGUAUACAUUGGCGCUUAAGUUUUUUAAGGAAAAAGAAGGUAAAGCCAUACAUUUUACUUAUGAUGAUAAAUUAAAACUUGUUGCAUAUACACGUCAAGUUAGCCAUGGAAAGUUGGAUGAAUCGAAAUUGCCACCUUUAGGUGUAUUUGAUGUUAUUGGAAGAGAUCGAAGAUUAGCAUGGCAAGCACUUGGUGAUAUGUCAACAGAAAACUCUAUGAUAAAUUUUGUGAAAUUGGUGAAUAAAGAAUGUUCUUUAUUCAAACAUACUGUUGAAGCUUAUAAAGCUGAUUUGAUUGAACAAAAACGCAUAACAGAUGAAAAUAUGAAAAAAGAACAGGAAGAACUAGAAAAACAACUUGCACUAAUGGAAUUAAAACAAAAAGACGAAGAAGAUAGAUGUAGACAAGAAAAUACCAAACAACUCAUUCAAGAAGCUUUAAAUAAACAGACAUAUAGCCAGUUUUUAACAUAUGCUCAAAAUCAAUUUCCAAACAACCCAGAUGAACAAGCUGUACUUGUAAGACAAUUACAAGAACAACAUUAUCAUCAGUAUAUGCAACAGUUACAACAAAACUAUGAACCCGGCAAAGAAUUGGAAAUAACAACUAACUCUGUAACUGUUCCUGAAGAUAAAAUUAUUGAACAUGAGAGCAUCUGCAAUGAACAAUGUGAAAAUGGGCAAUGUCUUUCUGGAGAAUGCUCUGUUCAAACAUUGUUUCCUGCUUCAAUGUGGACAAGAAAAGAUAUUGAUGAAUUUAAAGCUAAUUUACUACGAGAAGGUGGAGAAGCCGUUAUCAAAGUAAAUCAUGGAGAAACGGUUACGGUUCGAGUUCCAACAGCUGAAGGCGGCAACUGUGUAUUUUGGGAGUUUGCAACUGAUGGUCACGACAUAGGUUUUGGUGUUUACUUUGAAUGGGUUAAACCUAGUACUAGUCAAGUUUCAGUGCAUGUAUCUGAGAGUGAAGAUGAUGAUUGUGACGACUUGGAAGACGAUGAUGAUGGUAAUAUCAAUCAAGAUCUACUUCAUGAAUUGGAACAAAAUGGUGUUACAAUUAAAGAUAUCAAAAAGAGUAAUCAGUUGAAUCGACCACCAUUGUCAAUAAUAAUACCAGUAUACCGAAGAGAUUGUCACAAAGAAGUAUAUGCUGGAAGUCAUUUAUACCCUGGGGAAGGAGUUUAUUUACUUAAAUUUGAUAACUCCUAUAGUUUAUGGAGGUCAAAAACAUUGUAUUAUAGAAUAUAUUACUCACAAUAA